GCGCACAUUAACCUCUGAAACUGUUCGUUAUCGUGAAUAUUGUCGACGAUCGUGUACUUUACAGUGAGUGAUGUCAGUGGAUACCGACGUUGUAGCCAGUACCCACCUAUAGUACCGUUCGCAAAGUUGAAUCUAAGACUUUUUAACAAAGUUUAUUAAGAAUUCCACACGGUACUCACACGGUUACAUUUCUACGAACAUAUGGAAGUUUUUAAAGCGAAUUCUUAUUUACUUCUUUCCGAGUAAAGAACAGAAUAGAAACGUAAAGUUGGUUCUUGUUACGGGAAGUCAGUUUACUUUUCCAAAUAUCUGAGAAAAGGUUAUUUUGCUUCAUUUCACAUCGAUUUGAAGAGACAUAUUAGAUAGAAAAGUGAAUAAAAAACUCUUGUAAACAACUUUUCGGAUUCACCGGCAAGUUCGCACCGUGAGUUUAAUACAUGUACUGACUACUUCGGAAGACCGAGGAACUUGAAAAGUACGAGCAGUGCGAUAUCAGCCAAUAAAUGCCACAACACCAGUACCCUAUUCACAAGUAAUGGGGUACCAGAAGUGCGGAAAGAUGGCGCGUAUAGAGAGGAGAUAUUAAAUUAAGAUGGCCGUCGCGCGCGCGGUCCUUGUCCUCCUAGCAUCCACGGCUCAAGCCUGGAUGCCGGAUGCUAACGCACGCAUACAUAUCAAAUAUGGUGAUGAAACUUCAGAGCAGUUCGUAGGCAACGCGACAGCACCGGACCAUUUCCGCAUAUUAGACAAAGAUGAUUUCUCCAUUAUUGUUGGUGGCAGGAACACAGUGUACAACCUAAGUCUAUACGACCUAUCAGAAAAUGUAGAACAGCGUUUGGAGUGGCAAUCAACGGACGCACACAGGGAAUUAUGCCAGUUAAAGGGCAAAUCUGCAGAUGAAUGCCAGAAUUAUCCACGAGUGGCGGCUCGUUCACACGGCCGUCUCCUAGUCUGCGGCACCAACGCAUUUAAACCAUUAUGCCGUCGGUACGCGAGGCACCCACCGAACCAUCACCUAGAAGAGAUUGAUGGAUCAGGACGCUGUCCUUACGAUCCUCAACAUAAUUCUACUGCAAUUUUUGUUGAUGGUCAAUUAUACACAGCAACAGCAGCCGACUUUUCUGGGACCGAUCCUCUGAUCUAUCGCGAACCUGUACGAACUGAGCGCUCCGACCUUCGUUUGCUCAACGAUCCUUCAUUCGUGGGGGCUGUGGCUUCUACCAGCCAUGUCUACUUCUUCUAUCGGGAAACUGCUGUGGAGUUUAUGAACUGCGGAAAGGCAGUAUACUCAAGAGUAGCAAGAAUAUGCUUGAAUGACAAAGGAGGGCCACAUACGUUUAGUGACCGUUGGACGUCAUUUUUGAAAACUCGCCUCAACUGUUCUAUGCCUGGAGAAUAUCCCUUCUAUUUUGAUGAAAUUCAGGCUACCACGGAACUAAUAAAUGGAAUAUAUGGUAAAAGUAGUAGCAAAAACGAUAUCAUAUACGCAGUCUUUACUACGCCACAAAAUGCAAUUGGAGGCUCCGCUGUGUGCGCUUUUUCAAUGAGAGAUAUCAUUGACGCAUUUGAAGGACCAUUCAAAGGCCAAGAAAGUAUGAACUCAAACUGGCUACCUUUAGAAAAAGAAAAGAUACCAGAGAACAGACCAGGAUCAUGUGUUGAAGACAGCAGAACUCUUUCUGAUUCAGCUGUGAAUUUCAUAAAAACACACCCACUUAUGGAUAAGGCUGUUCCAUCGUUCUUAGCUCGGCCAGUUCUCAUUCGAGUUAGUCUGCAAUACAGAUUUUCAGCCAUCGCAGUUCAUCCUCAAGUUCAAGCGAUGAAUGGAAACAAGUACGACGUCAUGUACAUAGGUACCGACGACGGAAGAGUUAUCAAAGCUGUCAAUGUAGCAGCUAACGAGGGAGACUUUGAUGCCAGUGUAGACGAGUACAGUAGGAACCCUGUAAGAACCGCUGUGAUUUCAGAAGUCCAAGUAUUACCUCAAGGCGUGCCCAUCAAACAAAUGCACGUCGCCUUAACCACAGAGAAAUUAAUUGUUGCCUCUGGCGAUAUUAUUAGGGCAGUGACAUUGUCUCACUGUGGGAACGUGCAAUCGUGCAGGGAGUGCGUUGCGUUGCAGGAUCCGCACUGUGCGUGGGAUUCCAAGCAGCAAGUUUGUUCUUGGGUUGGAAACAGGCAAUUUCCUAAUCCCGAGAGAUUUCUACAAAAUGUAGAAUAUGGAAAGACUGAUAUAUGUAAUAAGUUGCCAGCCCUCUUGCCGGGUGAUAGACAUAGCAAUAGAAAUCCAGGCACUAAGAAGCCUACGCAAUCAGAAUCUGAUAUGCGUCAAAAAACUGAUGACAUCCAAAAUGAAAUACUAAUAGAAGUUGUGGAAACGAAUGUGUUAUCCGAAGAUAAAAGUACUAAUAACAACAAACAUGAGACAGACUUGCUGACUGUGGAGGCCGCUGACGGUAACAUUUACAGCGCACAAGCUUUGCUAACUGCCGUCGUAGCGUCCUGUCUCGUUACGCUAAUGGUCGGAUUCGUUAUUGGGUAUCUUUUCUCACGGCGAUUUCGACACCCGUUUUUUACCGAUACCUCACCCUUCAAUGAACAACACAAUCAUUUGAACAGAUUGAGCCCGUUAGAAACACCGUUAAACGCCAACACUGCGUAUAUGCCUCGAUCGAAAAACGUGAACAUGGUAGCGAACGUGUGUCCGAAACAGGACAACCUACACAUGGAGCUCGGCAAAGAGCGCACACUUGACCUACGAAACUCCACCGAGUCCUUAGACAAGGACCUAAAGUGCGGCACCUUACAAAAGGUUAAAAAGACUUACAUUUGAAAAUUACCUAAACAAACUGUUUACGGAUCCAUUGCGAAGUGACUGAGACGCAGUGUCGUGUCGCGUGUGCCAAGUCUUCCGAAAUCGUUCGGCUAAGACAGUGUUUUAAUGUGAUUGACUCAGUGUUUACUAUGAUUUGUGUACAUAACGUGUCUCGUCUCCUUCCUGUGUACAGUCUACUGGUUAUUCCUUAGAUAAUGUUGUUAUUUACUCGAGUACGGUGAAUAUAUUGCAUUUAAAAGAUGACACAAGUAUCAGAAGGACUGUUAACACUUAGGAACUGUAUGUUUUAAAUCUAUUAUCACUGACCGUGUAAUUGUUGUUUCUAGAUGAAAUCAUUAAAUGAUGUUGAUCAUAAAAUGGUAAGAAAUCGUUGCGUAUAUCAUAAAAGUUAAAGGACAACAAUAAAUCAGACUGAUAUGACUCAUUUAUUAUACACCGAUUGUAAAUAUUCGGCUUUAGUGUUAGUUAGGUACAGUUUUGUCACAUUCCAUAAUCCUAAAUAUGUAGGAGAUAAUAUCAAGGUGCAGCUAUAAUUGUAAAUAUAAUUAAAUGUAUAUAUAUAGUGUUGUAUUGUUACUAGUAUGUAAAGCCAACAGGCUUGUCGAUAUUGUGGCUUGACAUGGUCAGCUCAUGAAUUUAGCUAAAUGACAUCGAUAUUCAGAUAUGAAUAAAAAAGAGAAUAUCAGUGAACUUAGUAAUAUGUAUUUUAAUUUCGUUAGGCACGUUCAUUUGCAGUAAAAGUAAUUAUGUGAAAUGAUACACACUCUUUAUGUUUAUAUAAUAUCGCCAGUUUGUUAUGUACUUGCAUAGUUCAGCUGUAAUAAGGCGGUUGUUUUACAAACUACUUACUUUGAAUAAAUGUAUAAAAAAACGCAGUAUAGUAUUACGAGCUAUAGUAAAAUAAUAGAGUUAUAAAUUUUGUUACAAUAUUAUAAAAUCAUAAUAUAAUUAUUAUAGCAUAUUUGCUGUGCUAAGUGCAUAGUGCCUUGUAGGUUGCCAAUUUAGUGCCUAAUGUUAUGUAGGAUACAUCGGGACAGAGAAAUUUAUUUAUUUGUAUAAAUGUUAUAAAACAUACAUAUUUCGUUCUCAAUAUCUACAUACUAAUGUUAAACCAAAUAAGCUUGAUUAGCUAAUAUGUAUUCCUAUGCAAACCUGUGUUUAUACAACGGACUUAAUUUUAUGUCAUCUUUUAACAUAUUUAUAAUUGUAUGACUUCAGUAUUGAUGUGGAUUUAAAUUCUUAUUAGGCUGAAAUAACCACCAGAAAUCUAAAAAUGAGCUAGUAUUCCCACCGUAAAACAAUCAAAGUCUCUUAUGUUAAGCAAAAAAUAAAGUAAACUAUCUAUUUCUGUACAUAAAAAGUAAAUAAGCAGUAGAAUUAUAAAUAUUAUAAGUGAUUUAUCUAUGUACGUAUAAAUAAAGUGAGUAUCACAAAAUGUUUCCUUUCGUAAAAUGAUUAAGUGUAUAAUAAAUUAAACAAUAAUACAUUUUGGAUCAUUUAUAUUAAUACUGAUGUUGUUAUAUAAAAAAAUACAUAAUGUAAUGUCAUCAUACAUGUAUACUGUCAUUAGUACUCACUACUCACUCGAAAAUAUGUUUUAUUUAUAUUUUUUAUAUCAUAAUGCUGGCAAUUAUAUAAAUUUCAGUACUAGAAGAGAAAAUAUAAGUAUUAAAACAUUACAA